AUGAACAAGAAGGAUGUCAACAUCGGUGUUGACGCUGCUGCUGGGCAUGGCGAAGACCUAGAAGCCUCCGAUUUUGUUACGCAGCUCGAAAACAACAAUCUCACUCGAGGACUCCGCCAACGGCACAUCCAGAUGAUAGCCAUUGCCGGCGCGAUAGGCACAGGGCUGUUUCUAGGACUCGGAGGUAGUAUUCAAACUGCAGGUCCCCUUGGCGCUCUGCUGGGUUACACCACCGUCGGGCUUAUCGUCUGCGCUGUUCAAUUCGCCCUGGGUGAGGUUGCCGCCCUUUUGCCCGUUACUGGUUCUUUCGUCAGGCAUGCGGAGUUUCUUGUCGAUCCUGCUUUCGGAUUUGCCAUUGGACUUAACAUCGUUUACGGAAAUCUGCUGUCCGUUCCAGCAGAAAUAUCAGCCAUCUGCGUUCUGUUCCAGUUCUGGACAGAUUUAACCCCAGUAGUCUGGAUUUGCAUAUUCAUCGCCCUCACUUUUAUAGUUGGCAUCUCGUUCGUCUCGAUCUAUGGAGAAGUCGAGUUCUUCUUUGCCUCCUUGAAGAUACUCUUAAUCAUAUUUUUGAUCAUCUUUGGUCUUGUUAUCGAUCUUGGCGGUAUCCCUGGACAAGAACGCAUUGGUUUUAGGUACUGGAAAUCUCCAGGUCCUUUCGUUGAACACAUCGCAACUGGUCGUUGGGGUCAAUUUCUCGGAUACUGGAGCGUCAUGACCAACGCAGUCUUCAGUUUUGCAGGCGUAGAGAGCCUAGCCAUGGCUGCUGCCGAGACGCAGAAUCCGCGGAGAAACAUCCCCAAAGCGUGUAAAAAGGUUUUUGCCAGAGUUCUCCUCUUCUACGUCCUUGCAGUGCUUGUUGUCGGCAUGAUUGUCUCCAGUGAUGACCCUAGACUCAACAACUAUACCGGAGAUGCAACAAUGAGCCCUUUCGUGAUUGUCGCAUCAGCAGCCGGCAUCAAGGCCAUUCCAUCUGUAGUUAAUGCCGUCGUCAUCACAUCCGCCUGGUCCUCAUCCAAUCAAGCACUUCUCUCCGGCACUCGUGUACUCUACGCUCUUGCCAUUAAAGGCCAAGCACCGAAGAUCUUCCUCCGCACAACAUCAUGGGGCGUUCCAUACGUUUGCGUAUGCUUCAACACUUGCUUCAUGUUCUUGGCUUUUAUGGCACUGUCGAAUAGUGCCACGACUGUCUUCUGGUGGUUGGUCGACCUGACUGCCGCCGGCGUUCUCGUGUCAUGGUCAUCGAUUUUGCUCAACCACAUUCGCCUAAACAUGGCGAUGAAAAAGCAGGGUAUCUCACGGACUGAGCUACCUUUCUGCAACCGCUGGACGCCGUACUCGUCUCCUGUUGCGCUAGUCAUGUGUUUGACCAUUCUGUUCACUGGCGGCUUUUCCACGUUCACAAAGGGGAAUUGGUCAGCUAGCGACUUUGUCUCUGCAUAUCUAGACAUACCUCUCGUUAUUGCUGCUUUCCUCCUCUGGAAGUUCAUCAAGGGGACGAAGUUUGUAUCCUUAGCAGACAUACCCCUCCGUGAAGCAUUGGAUGAGGUUGCCAGAUAUCCAGAGCCCCCGGAACCUAAAGCAACUGGCUGGAAACGGAUCGUGGCGUUUUUGUGGGAUUGA